GGUCGGCUGCAAGUCCGGCCGGCUCUGCGUGCGACGUGGGCGGCGAGGGGCCGCAGCGUGGCGACCACGGCAAUGGGGUCGAGUCGAGCUCAAGGCGUUGUACCCGUUGUGCUACGACCGCUCCAUGUGCGGCCUGCCUGGCGCAGGCCACAAUCUCAUCAAGUACUGGAUGCUCUUCCUCUUCGACGAGUUCGACGCCGAGCCCAUGACGCCGCAGCGCGGCCAGCGCAUCGGCGAGUCAAGGUUACCUGCACCUCAGUGGGGACAGCACCACGAGCAGAACGUACAGGGUCUGCCGGCGGCAGAGCUGGCGCAGCAGAGCACAUCCAAGGUCCCGCCGUUCUGGGCUCCGUACCUCGAGCAGCGCGGGUACCCCUUCAGGCUGUGGGUCCAGGACGUGAUGCUGUGGUGCGCGGCGACGGAGCUGCAGCAACACCAGCGCGGCCCAGCAAUCGUCCAGCGGCUCGGCGGCACGGCGAGGGACCUCUGCCGCGAGGUGCUGGUCGAGGCCAUCGCUCACGGCAGGUUCGACCAGCUCGGCAACCUGGUCGAGGACGGGGUGCAGAUGCUGAUCACGGGACUCAGGCGGCGCUUCGGCCCGCUCGAUGUCCAGUCCUCGAUCAGCACCAUCGUCGAGCUGCUUACAUUCCGCAGGCAGGAGCGGGAGAGCGUCGACGACGCGAUCACGCGCUUCGAGGCUCUGCGCGCCCGAGUGGCGCAGCUGGACGACCCGCUCGUGCUGCCGACGCCGGUGCUCUCGCUGCUGUUCUUGGAGGCCCUGCAUGUGCCCAAGGCUGUGUACCCCCUGGUGCUGCAGUCCAACGGCGGCCAGCUGCCAUUGACGAUCGACCAGCUGAACAGCGUGAUCGGGAUGGUGCGGCAGCAGGGCCACUUUGCGGAGCACACUCAUGCAGGACCUCAGAACUUGUCCGAAGGGUACCGCGGCAAAGGAUAUCAAGGUCAUCAUUGGUUCACGGGCGAGAAUGACAGCGGCGCCAACACCUGGAACGACACGGCCGCAUACAUGUAUGGUCAGAGCGCAUCCAGCGCGGCAGGGAACGUUGGAUCCGCACCACAACAAUACGUGGUCCAGGACGACGAGGGCUACGACUGUUGCGCCGUCUGCUCGAGCUACUUGUACGAAGACGAGCCCGGGGACGAUGACUCGAUGACCGACGACGAUGACUUGGACACUUCCCAGUUCACUCAGGAGGAACUACAGGAGUAUUAUGGCGACUCCGAGGGCUGGGACUACGAUACCCUGUUACACGAGUACCUGUUCGCGAAGCGUAGGUUUCGCCACUUUGUUCAACGGAACAGCCGCCGCUCUCGUUUCCCGCGCAGCAACUGGUCUCUUCGUAUGAACAGCGGCAAGGGCGGCAGCAGCUUCGGACGUGGUCGAGGCCACGGCAAGGGAUACCACUUUGGAGGAUCGGUGGUGAACCCAGGCUCGCUGGCAGGAGGAAAAGGUAAGAAGAAGAAGGGCGGCAAGCACUACAUGGCAGGCACGCCCGGCGCCACCAAUCCUCGAGGCAGUGAUGGCCGUACCAUGCGGUGCCACGAGUGCGACUCGGAGACUCACCUCGUGGCCGCCUGCCCCAAGCGCAAGGGCAAGGGCAAGGGCAAGCACUUCAUGUCCUGGAACUCUGGCAGCGCCGCGACGGGGACGCAGCAGGCUGGGGCUCCUGCCGCCGACCCAACGUUGGCCGCCUAUGCGCCUGUGCCCGCGCAGCCGCGGACUGGAGCCUUGUCUGGAGUGCUGCACUGGUUUACCGAGGACGCCCGGACGCCCGGCCUGCAGAUCGACGACCUUGACGAGGACACCUGCCGCGAGGCUCUGAGCUGGGAGACCCUUGACAUGCGCGACAACGUCGCGGAGCACGACAUAUUGACGGAGAUCCAGGCCAGCAUGCAGGACCGAGCUGCGGAGGAUCAGCCUCCGGCGACAGCUGGGCGAUCAGCGGCCGUGACCAGCCCGACAUGGUUCCCAUGGUGGCGAGUUGAUCAGUUCGAGAACGCCAGCGGGGAGACCUACUUGGUUCGCACCCGCAUGAAGGACAGGAGCGGCGAGGCUCUGCUGGUGGACCCCGGGAGCCCAGGCAACCUUACUGGCGAUGAGUGGGGUAACAGGAUGGCAGCGCGACAGCAGCAGGCAGGACGUCCACCGCCGGUCCGCACCCCACUCGACCGGGUGCUUGAGGUUGGUGGUGUGGGCUCAGGAUCUCAGCAGGCCACGCGCGCUCAUCGCUAUCAACUGGCGCUGCAGGGAGGACAAGCCGCGACCUACGAGGCGCCGGUGCUCCCGAACAGCAGCGUUCCGGCACUGCUCGGGCGAGCAUCGCUGCGGGACCAGCGCAUACUGCUCGACUGCUUCAACAAUCGCAUGUACCGCAUCGGCCCGGGCGGCUACUCCCUGCAGCUGAGCCCAGACGGGAACAUCGGGGAGUUCGGGACCCACGAGGACGAUGGCAUUGGCGACCUCGACGACAUCAGAUUCGACAUCCUUGCCUGCAGCAGCCGCACCGACUCCCGCAUCCACCAGGACGGCAAGCAAGAAGACCACUACGGCGACGUCAUCCGGCAGCGGGAAGUACAGGGGAGACCGCCAUCGGCAUGGGUGUUCGGCGACUUGCAGAACCUGUGCCAGAACGCGCUGCACGGAUGCGGAUAUGCGGUGGGUCGCAACUGUGAUGUUCACAGAUUCCUCGGGCAGGAGGAUAAGUGGGCGGAUUCCUUGCGCCACCAGCAGCCGGAGCUCGUUUGGAUCAGCCUGGCUCAGCCGGGCACGUCGCGAGGCACUCGCAACGACAAGCGAGCCAAGCGUUUCGAGUGUAAGAUCGCUCGAGCUCAACUUGAAGGGCAUCGCUGCUGCAUCGUCGAGGCGGACGAGGGCAGCGCGGUGUGGGACAUGCCUGACAUCCUGGAGCUGCUGGACGACAGAAGGUGGCACUCAGAAGCCGACGAGGAGCAGUCACGAGCUGAGCGACGUCGACCUGGCCGAGUGUCAUUCGCGGACGACGUCGACGAGACAGGCUGCAAGGUGAGCGCGCUGACCGCGAGCUUUCCCACCGAGCAGAGGACGCGCGACAAGGCGCGCAAGGCAGCAGACCCGGAGCGCAAGGUGAAGAAGAGGCCACAGACAGUGGAGCAGGUCUUCGACGACUGCGGCUCCGAUUUCACGAAACUCUACGUGGCGAACGAAUACGAGCUGGACGAGGUGUGCUACGGCACCGAGCUCAGGGAGGACCAGCACAUCGAUGAGCAACCGUACACCAUGAUGUCCGAGUUCUUUGGUAUGAUUGGCUCGGAGGCGCACCUGAACGAGAAAGACGAGCAGCAGAACUUCUUCAGCUCAGUCAAGGAUAUGGACACACACAUGAACCUCUACUACGGCCACCUGCAGCACGACGACGUCGCGGAGUUGUGCGGUGGCGCAUCUGGAACAACCCGGCUACUCGUGCGACGAGGAUAUCGGGGCGGUCCCAACUUCGACCUCAUUUGCGACUGCAACUUGAUGACGCACGAGGGCCACAGGCAGUUUUGGGAAUAUCUGUAUUAUGGCAAGCCUCUUGUCUUACUCAUUAGCACGCCCUGUACGAGCUUGAAGGGGUUUUCGGCGCUCAACAGGAUCAUCAACUACGACGGUUGGCUUCGCAGUCGCAAGACAUCAGUGGGGCUGGCCCGCACCGCCGCUGCAGCGGCGUGCACUCAGAUGGACGCCGGGCGCCACUUUGUUUCGGAGCAGCCGCUGGGCAGCGACUUCUACAAGCUCGACGACUGGCAAUACAUCGCCAACAACUAUGCGGUGGUGUGGUGCCAAGUCGACCAGUGCAUGGCCGGCAAGAUCGGGCGGCGAACGGGACUACCGAUCAAGAAGUCCUCUGAGUUCUGGGCUUCGGACGAGCGCCUGAUCGCCGGACUCAGGAAGUUUCGCUGCGACGGCCAGCACGAUCACGCUUUGCUGGCCCAUGGUGGCCGAGGACCCCAUCCAGAGCGUGACAAGUGGCGACUAGAGAACCCCAAGGAUCAUGCGGAGUGGGCGAUUGGCAUCUGCCGGGAGCUGGCAGCGAGCAUUUCCCAGAUGGUGGAGCGCGUGAGGUAUCAGGGACACCGCCUCGUUGUGUACGAGUGCUACCCCACGGCGGAGCCAGACGAGCCAUCAGGCGGCGCCUCGGGAUCGGCGGACGCCAUCGGCGAGGCACCCGUCGCGGAGCAGCCGGCUGCGGCCCCAGCCGCGCCAGCUCGAGGCGUGGAUGCGGGGACGCAGGCUCGAGGAAGUGACGAGCCAGGCUGGGCCGCGUUUGACCUCGGGCACGCGCUUCGACUGCUGCACAGUCCACACCAGGAAGCCGUUCGGCGCCAGCUUCGACGACUUCAUGUUCGAUUUUGGCACGCUCCAGCAGCUCGCCUCAGAGAGCUGCUGACCAAGGCCGGCGCUCCGGCCUCUACGCUGGCCCUGGUGAAGGAGAUCUGCGACACGUGCCGGGUGUGUAGGCUAUGGACGAGACCGGGACCGAAGAGCAUGACGAUCUCUCGGCUCGCGACGGGUUUCAACGAGAUGGUGCAGUGGGACAUCCUCUACAUCGGCGAACAGAUGGUGGCACACAUGAUCGAUGAGGCGACCCGCUGGACGGUGCUGUACAUCCUGGAACGCAAGACAGCGAUCAUGAUUAUCGCCGGCAUUACUCAGGGAUGGCUACGUCCUCAUGGCCCCAUGAAGCUGCUGAUUGCCGACAUCGAGGGCGGUCUCCACGGUGAGGAGGCGUACCAGUGGCUGGACCGCUGGGGCAUUGAGAUGAAGGCCAAGGAGGAGGGCUCGCACGCGCAGCUGGUGGAACGUCAUCACGACCUAGUGCGCAAGAUCAUACACCGCGUGCAGGCCCAGCUUGCGGAAGAAGGCAUUGUGAUGCCGUUGGAGAUCGUGAUCAUGGAGUGUGCCCUCAUCAAGAACCUUCUCAUCACCGUGGCUGGCUACAGCCCGUACCAGGCGGUGUACGGCCGACUUCCGCCCCUGCUCGCCGAGUUCGAGCCGGUGAGCGACUGCCAGAUCGACGAUCAAUCGGCUGGCAUUCCAGGAAUCUCCCGACGCCAUCAUCGGCUCCGUGAAGUUGCAAUGCAAGCCAUGGUGGAGAUGACCGCGAAGGACAGGCUGAGGCGCGCACUUCGAUCCAAGACGCGUGCCCCGCACGAGGCGCUGCAGUUGGCGGUCGGCGACCAGGUUGACUUCCACCGGCCGCCGAGCACGAAGGAGGAGUCGGGGUGGCGCGGCCCGGCUACCUUGCUGCAGGUCGGACCUCCAGUGCUCAUUCGAUGGCAGGGCCGAGUAUUUCAAGUGCGACCUCAGGACCUUCGGCGAAGCCUCGUCUACUUCGUGAUGUUCACGAACAACAUCUUCUUUGAGGCAGGAUCGCGCGACCCGGUGGCCACCCUCAUGAGCUACGUGGACCAGCUGGACAGCAAGGUCGCGCGCGUCGGGUGGCUCUUCGACGCCGGGUGGAAGCGGACCGCGGACAGCCAGAAGCUCAGCGAGUUGGUCCUGGCGGUGUUGCACGUUGCCGCCAGUGGCUUCUACCUGGUGGGGUGCAUCGGCGCGCGAGUGGGCAACGGCGUGUCUGUGCUCGAGGGCAUGGUCGGAUGCGACCACAGCUUCCUGUGGUGGUGGCGGCGCGGACGCCCAGAGCUGUCCUGGUACCACGAGGCGUCUGGAUCUGCUCGACUGAAGUUGGCCCCGAUAUUUGGCAAGGAUCACUGGCGGGACGUCAGCUUCGUGCAGUUCAUCAUGACGGACGACGAGUCUGUUCGACAAGCCGAUAUCCGACACGAGCAUUCCAAGCGCAUCCAGACAGACAAGUGCAUCAAUGCCAGUGCCCGACACGAGCAUAUCGAGCGCAUCCAGGCAGACGAGUGCAACAUCGGAUUCAACGAGGAGUCGGAGCAACCGAGGGCACCAUCGGCCACGAGGGCCCUCUCCUGCCUCGGUGAGCCAGCGGCGGCAGUUGAGGCCCCUGCACCCCGGCACGAGCCAGUGCUCCCGAUCAAGGAUGAUGGUGGCAAAGACGACGACGGCGACUCGGACAGCGACGCGACCCAGGAGUACCUGUUCGCGAGCUGGCAGCACCUGAAGGAGCAGGCCGCUCUGCCUGCUGUUGACAUCGAGUGCGCUCAGAGCGACUUCUUCUUUGCAGCCCCGGACGCAGAUCAUGUGGCAGAAGCAGCAGAGGAUGAUUCUUCGAAUUCCCGACCCGACUGCGUCGAGAUCGGCAUAGGUGCGCCACUCAUGUACUGGGUGCACCCUGAGGUGGAGCACAUGCGACGACCUGGGUCAGGGGAGAUCUACAUCCUGCGCGUCUACCACACGGGCAAGCGCGAGAUUGUCGUCGAGCGCGAGAUGAACGUGCUCACGCUGGAAGAGGCCCGAGCUCACGAAGUUGAAGUACGGCAGGCCAUGAAGGACGAGCUCCAGCGCUGGGCGGAGUUGAAGGCAUUCCAGCGUUUCCCGAAGGAUCAGGCGACCAACAUCAUCGACUCCCGCUGGGUGCUCAAGUGGAAGGAGAUCGACGGCAAGAAGCAGGUGCGCGCGAGGCUCACGGUGAGAGGCUUCGAGGACAUGCAGUCACCGGAGCUGUCCACCUUUGCGGGUACUACGACACGAUGGGGACAACGACUGGUGAAUCAGGUGACUGCACAGCGCAAGUGGCGAUUAUUCUCAGCGGACAUCAGCCAGGCGUUCUUGCGCGGGCUCACCUUCGAGCAGGUCGCCGCCAUGGACGGCGAGGUCAAGCGGAAGGUACAGUUCACGCUGCCGCCAGGAUCGAUUCCAGUCCUCCGGCAGCUGGAGGGCUACGAGGACUACAACCCUGUGACAGAGGUGUUGUUGCUCCUGCGCUGCGGCUUCGGUCUGAAGGACGCGCCGAGGCUGCGGCAGGUCAUGUUGAAGCAAGUGCUGGAGAAGACAGGAGGCAAGGCGCUCAUCAGCGACCCGCAGAUCCACGUGUACCACGACGCGAAGGGUGAGCUGCAGAUGAUCAUGUCCUCGCACGUGGACGACCUCAAGGGCGGCGGCGAGGACUACCUGCGGGAGAAGGUACUGAGCAUGAUCGAGAGCGAGUUCGGGAAGCUGAAGCGCCAGUACGACUGCUUUGAGUGUAUCGGCAUCAUGCACGAGCAGGACGCUGUGACCAAGGCCAUCUGGACACAUCAGCAGCACUACGUUCAGCAGCUGCGACCGCUCCAGGAAGACCAGUAUGUGAUGGAGAAUGAAGAUGGCCAGGUGAGCGUGGAGACCCACGCGGCAUACAUGUCGCUGCUCGGGGGAAUCGCAUGGAUGACGCAGACGAUGGCGCCCAUUGCAGUGUACGUCAGCUACCUCCAGCGGCAGGCCAAGAAGCCGUCAGUCGGAGACAUCCGGAAGAUCAACAGGCUGCUGAAGUGGAUCAUGGUGAACUCGAAGCAGCUCGGAGUUCGGUUCAUCGAGUUGAACAUGACACGAGUGCGGUUGACCGUCGUCAGUGACUCAGCCUUCCACGCCAUGGAGUUCGAAGGCUUGGCGAUCCGAGGAUGUGUGAUCAUGUUGCUGGAGGCUGACGCCGAGGUGCUUCAAACCGGAUCGACGUACAGAAUUGUGAUGCUUGACUGGUACAGCAGAAAGCAGAACAACGUAGUGAGGUCCACCUACGCCGCCGAGCUGAUGGCGUUGUUGGACGCACUUGGCACCGGCACCCUCAUGAACGUGGCAUUGACCGAGAUCAGUGAAGGAGUACGCACAGCGAAUGAGAUGCGGGUGCGGCAGGAGGCCGGCGACCUAGUAUUGAAGAUGAUCGCGGCCAUCGACGCGAAGGCAGUGUUCGACGCCGUCUCCGCCGCCACCAUCAAGGUGACCACGGACAAGCGCAUGUUCGUGCCGACGCUCGCAGUGCGUGAGCAGAUCGACCGCCUCCAGCUGGCACAGCUCAGCUGGAUCGACACAGUGGACAUGCUGGCGGACGGGCUGACGAAGGGCGAGCUCGACCGGACGGCCCUCGUGAAGCUGGGCUUCGGCAGCGAGUGGCACUUGAGCGGGCUGCAGCCAGUGGCCUUCUCGGUGCGCAGUGUGCUGGAGGGCGCUGGGCACCUGGAUCCAAGCAGCAGCAGCGGGUGCGACUGCAGCUGGUUCCUCGACGCCGCGCCCGGCGAGGCGUUCAGCGGGCUGUUGAAGGGGCAGCCUGGCAGGUCCUCGUCUGGACAGGACGACGACGUGCCCGCGGAGAGACCCAGUCGGUGGUCCAUGGCAGCAUCGCGGACGGCGAAGGCCCUGGAGAACCUGCGGGUGGGCGUACGGGUCCUCGGCCAUUACGAUCAAGAGGACAACUACUGGCAUGAAUGCAGUUUGGUCAGCAGAAUCACUGCGGGCAAAUGGGUGGUGGUCACUCCACACAGUGACAUCUACGAGGAAGAUUUUGCAAACGCCCUGGACCUCUGUCAGGUCGGCCCCCUUGGAGGCUUGUCCACGAAGCACUCGGGCCACAUCCUCAGCACAGACAUCGUCCGCUUCAAGAGACACCAAGGGAGGCUGCUCAGCGAGGGCAAGCAGCUCGCUAGCGAGAUCUGCCAACAGGAGGGCCUCCCCGAGGAGCCACAAGGGGCGCCCGCGCCUCCGCCUGCACUCGAUGGUGGUCUGGAGGAUCGCGCUGACGCAGGUGAUGUUCCUCGCUGGGUUGUCUUGGAGGCUUGCGCUGGCUACCGACCAAGUGACGGGCUUCAAGCAGGCACCGUGCCCGGCGCCAUUGCCGGGGAUGGGGGCAUCUGCGAGCCUGCCGACGGGUUCAAGCUGGCAGUCGCGGAGGCCGAUACCUACGAGGGCACUCCCACCGCCUGGCAGGACCGUCAAGCUGCAGAGCAGACUCUUCGAACCCUCCUCGUCAAGUACGGUGGCGGCGGCAACAGGGUCAGAGUCUUCGCUGAGUCAGGGGACACCACGACCUCCAACUCGGAGCUGGACUCCCCUGGCUGCGGGCCGCGGACUACCUUGUGGGUGGUGCAGCAGUAUGCUAACAGACUUCGCGAACACGAGGCGGGCGUACUUCGCAGUGCUGGGGGGUCGGCUUUGCUCGACGAGCGCAAGAUCCUCUUGGGACGUGAAGAAAAGAGUCUUGCUCGAGGUAGCGUGGACGAGAACAGCACAGACAGGAGGCGGCAGGAUCAGCGGCUUCUCAACGGCAUCGCCUCCCUCAACGAGCUGGGCGGGCAGGGGCGCCAUGUGCCCGUCUCCGCCCCGCUGACGGCGGCCCAGCGUGCUGCCGUGAGGCGGCUGGCCACGACCGACGGCAAGCGGUCGCCGCCCGUUGAUCGCCCUAGUCCCCAUGAAGCGUGGACGACGCUACAGGGUCUCAGGUCUGGCUACUCUGAAGUCGAGGCCUCCGGUUCUCGAACAGUCUACCAGCGGGGAAACAUCUCUCUCCCCAAGAUCGGUGCGGGUAAGGUGGCUCUUACGGAGGUCCUCCCGACUGACCUGCAGACCAAGCUGGAGACUGGGCGCGGGCUGUUGCGAUCCCCAGAGGAGGCAGCAGCGCUAAUUCGUGAUGCAGGUGCUCCUCGUGCCAUGGGCCCGAAGCUCGGGCGGCUCGGCUACGACUACGGCCACGCUCUGGGGGAGCUCUACACCUCCGGGGUGAUCGAGGCCAGCUCGGAGCCGGUUUUGGAGGAAGCUGGCAUGUUUUUUGUGGCUCGCAAGGACAAGCGGUUGCGUCUCAUCUGCGACACCAGGACGCCUAACAUGCACUUUACCACUCCAGAGCACACGGCACUCGCGACGGGUGAGGCUUUGUCCUCGCUGGAGGCGUCGGGAGUCAAUAUGAUCGGUAUGAGUUCUGGAGACGUCGACUGCUGUUUCUAUCAAUAUGCAUUGCCGCCCUGGUGUAGGCGCUACUUCAACCUCCCGCUGAUCGAGAGUCGCUUCCUGCCGCCGGAGGUUCGGAGCGCCUGCGGAUUGACGUUGAAGAGCGGCCAGGUACGCUUUCGAUUCAAGGUGGUGCCCAUGGGCUGGAGCUGGGCGGUGCACUUCAUUCAAGAAGCACACCUUCACCUCGUCAAGUCAGUCUUGCCAUCUCAGCCAUGGUGCUUGGACAAGUGCCCCGGCAUUGACUUGAACCUUGAGGAUGCCAAGGUCCUGUGCAUAGACAACUUUGCCGUGCUGUCCCAGUCGCCCUCCCGUGCCGCCACCGCCGUUGCCGACACGCAGGCGGCGCUCGCGGCCAAGGGCGUGGUCUCCGAGCUAGACCCUGCUCCGGCCGAGCGCGGCGAGCUGCUGGGAUGCGAGCUCGACCUGCAGACGGGCUGCUGGUACGUGCUGGGUCGCCGGCUCUGGCGGGUCUACGGCGCCCUGGAGCAUGUUCUCACGGGGCGGGUCAAGGUCUCUGGCCAAGAGCUCGAGCGUUUGAUCGGCCACCUGGUCUCCAUCCUGAUGCUGCGCCGGGAGGGGCUGGCCAUGCUGCACUCCUCAUGCGAGUUCGCGCAGGCGUCCUACUCCAAGAAGCAGCCGCUCUGGAAAAGCGUGGUCCGUGAAAUGGGCUGGGUCAAGGCACUACUGCCGUGCCUUCGGGCCGACACCCGACGCCCGUGGAGCGAGGUGGUCACUUGCUUCGACGCGUCUCCUUGGGGCUACGGGAUCGUGGAGACCGAGUGGGACUUGAAGGAUGUGCAGCGCGUCGGCAGGGUCCCCGAGCGGGCACGGUUCCGUGGCGUGCUCGCUGCCGAGGGCGCCCCCCGCGAGAGGACGCUGGAGCAGGAAACAGCGCGGGCACCAGAGCCCGCCCUCUUGCUGGCCGGGCGCGCGGCAGGCUUCCCGGAGGUCAACUACGGCAAGAUGCAUGCCCGGCCCUGGCGCGUAGUAGGCUGCGGCCGCUGGAAGCGCAAGGAGGCCAUCCACGGGCUCGACGGGGGCCGCUCUGACAUGGGCCGUCCGCCGGGCGGCCAGGGACUCACGGCGACGGUCCGUCUCGCCGCUUCCAGCCUCGGGGCCCCGGGAGCGUGCGUGGAGGUGGCGAUGCUCCAGGCGGUGCCGCCCACGCCGAUGGCCUUGGCGAGCUGCCGCUCCGGCCCUCGCGCGCCGAGCGAGCGCAGGAGCCACUCGCCUUGCCAUCCGGGCAACCGAUGCCGGGGCAAGCCGAGGCAGGCCGUGGUGCCGGUGCUGGGCGAGCCCGAGAGCAGGCCAGACUUGGCUGGGCGGCGCGCAAAGCUUGGCCUCAGUCACUCGGAGAGCGACUUCAUCCAGAAGAGGCGCCAGUUGCGCCCGCGCCAGACCCGGCUUGCUUCGGCCAAGUGCAGGCCUCGCACGCAGGGGCCCUACCUCGGGAUGAUCCUUGGCUUGGCACGCUGGCUGAAUAUGGCCUUCCUCCUGGACUGGCCGCACCUCACGUGGGGCGAGACGCUGGGAGAGUACGCCGAGUCGAUCUACGACCGCGGGGUCCCCAAGGCGUCAUCUCAGCGGCUGGCCCCGGCGCUGCGCUGGGCGCUGCCCGCCCUCCGCCGGGGCGGGAUCCGCGAGGUCUUCCCCCUGACGCACCAGACGCUGAAGGGCUGGCGCGUCCUGGACCCGUCCAAAUCCAGACCGCCCGCCCCGUUCUUGGUGGUGCUGGCGGUGGCCUGCGGGCGGUGCCGGGCGGGGAAGCCACUCAGUGGCGUGGCCAGUCUCACCAGGUUCGAGACCUACAUGCGCCCGUCAAGAGUGCUGGAUUUGCGAGCAAGGCAGGUAGUCCUGCCGCUGCCAAGGGAAGGAGGUGCACCGAUCUGCUUGACGGUCGCGGCGUGGGCCUCAGUGUACGAGAUACCAACCAAGACCCGCGAGUACGACCUUUCAGUUCGGCUCGACCUGCCCAGGCAACAGUUGAUGGUGAACCCGAUCUUCCUUGUGCGAGCCCUUCGGGAACCCGUCCAUGCCUUCCUGGUCUUGGGCUACAACCAACUGGCGAAGGACUUCCAGAACACGACCCCUGCUCUGAGCGUGAGCUUACUCAAGGCCACCCCUUGCUCCCUCCAGCAUGGAGGGGCCAGCCACGACCAGAGCACGGGCGACAGAGACUCAGGCACCGUGCAGCAGCGAGGAGGGUGGAAGGCGUUCAAGUCCGUGCUGCGCUACGAGAAGCACGGACGCCUGCUGCUGGAACUACGCAAGCUCAGCGACCUGCAGCGCGAAACCCUCCGAGCAGCAAGCAGGGACUUCGUGGGCGUCUUCAACAGGUCCUUGGGGCUGCAUUUCGAAGCGCCCCCCAUCAAUCAAGGGCGUGCAUCGAAGUCUUCUCAG